AUGACGCACCACCGCAUCAACACCUCCUACUUCCAUGGCGGAUCCGCCUCUAUCUUCGUCUUCUUACUCCUACUCACCACCACUUGCUCUGCACCGAUUCCGGGACUGGACACCUUCUUGACCAACCAAUUCCGUCUCGACCCAAAAGCUUCGAACGACUCUUUCGGAUCUCUCUCCUCCUCUCUCAAGCGGUCUCUCUCUUCAGCUUCAUCUUCUCACCACUUCUCCUCUCUCUCUCAGUCACUACUGUCUCUCUCCGUCUCCGUCUCCCUCCACGUCCGCUUCGUCGGCGAUUCGUUCCCUUCCUCAGCCGCCACCACUUUCUCCUCCUUCAUAUCAGCCGCCGUGACUGGAGACAACUUUCACGUGAUCUCUCCUCCUCCCGAUUCCUCCACCGAUCACCGCCUCGCCGUCUCUCACUCUCUCCACCUCGACGCUUCCCUCUCUCCCCCUUCCCUCUCCUCACGCCUCGACACGUCCCUGAAAUCCUUAAUCGCCGGCUCAACCUCUUCCCUCCGAUCUCAGCUCCUCUCCGUCCCCUACAAUUCGAUCGACGAGAUAAUAAAACAAGAGUACGAGAAAGAGAAGCAUGGAGACGGCGGCGUCUACAUCUACUUGAUCUCGCUAGGCCCUCAGUCAAAACCUUACGCAUAUAGCUACUCCCACGGCGACUCCUCCGCCGGAUUCACGAAAUGCCUGGGAAGUAUCUGGACCGGGAAGGAGCGUUACCUCUGGAUCGAUCUCUCCGCCGGACCUGUGGAUUACGGCCCUGCGUUAUCCGGCGACGGGGUUUUACCGAGAGGCGAUUUCCACCCGCUCGCAGCCUUCCACGGCCGUCCCAAAUCGGAGAAAGCUUUGCUUGCGGAUUUAGCCUCGCUCGUGUACAAUGCGUAUCAGGUAUUGAUCGUUCCUUCUCUGAGAGUCCCAGUCUACUUUGAGGAUUCGUUGGUAGUUCAGCUGAUUCACAUUCACGGAUCGGAGACUAAGGAUCCGAACGGUUUAGAUUUCGAAUUUGUCAAGAGAACGUUCAUGGAAGAAGCCAACAAUGGUGGAUUGUUGUUAGGAGAGCAGAAAUUGAGCUUCAAAAGUUUCAGUGUGAAUUACAGAGAGUGCCCGAUUUGUUCUUUCGCUGUAUCUCGUGGCAUGAACUCGUACACGUCUAGGUUCUUGUUUGACAACUACACAUUGAUUGUGAGUGAGUAUUUGGAUUCCAAGCAUAUGCACAGGACGUUGACUGAAUCAGCAGAGGAGCUGAGAAGAGCUGCAGGGAUACACGAAGAAGACGACUUUGCUAGGGUCUUACCUGUUUAUGUGUUUGAUCUUGAUAUCAACACGCCGUUGUUGAUCGAUAGGUAUCACCAGUCUGUUGCUUUCAGAGAUAUGGUCAUUGCUGUUAGAACCAGAGGAACACAGACCGUGAGUGACUAUACCUGCAACGGGCGUCAUGUGUUUGUUCAUACGAGAGAUUUAGAGCGACCUCUCGUCGGUUCCAUUCUCCAGAGCAUGUGGGGCGUGUCGUCGACGCAUUUGACAUGGAGCCCGAGGCAUAACGCGACGCUAGUGGACUACACAUGGAGCGUUGGUCAGACGCCGUUUGGACCUUUCUCUGAUAUCUCCUCUCUGUCGUUUGUUCAGAGAGACGCUGCGAAGAGAAACGUUCUGUUGACAUCUUUGAACACGACUAUAGCUAGUGCGGUGGAUAUUAUCGAUUCCGCGGUGGCUUAUGGAGGAGACGUGAACCUUCUGAAACAGAACCGGCACUCGGAGUUCAUGCAGAGGUGGAAUCUUUUGAAGUACAAGAUUGAGAAAUCGGUUUCUGCGCUGUCGCAUAAUGAUUUCGAGAUGGCUUUGUUCUACCUGAGAUCAGCCUCGCAUGAUUUGUACUCUAUGCAUUCGGUGGUGUACCUCGCGUCGCAAGAAGUGGAAGCGAGUCUCAUCUGUUUCCAAGAUCCUCCGUUCCCUUGGGGAUCUGUUUCAGUGUUUGGGUUAGGGUUAAUGGCUUUGGGUUACGUUUACUCGAAAAGAGAUAGGCUCUUCAGGAGCAAGAGAAAACAGUUCUGA